UGUGGAAACUUGUUGAAGCACUUCCUGCAGUGGUAAACAGGUGUACAUACGGGCAGAGUACUUGAUGAGUGUGCCACUUUUUUCGUGCCUAGCGUGGUAGCAUACGCGAAUUCUAUAUAAGAGUGGCCGCCCGAGCCUGCAACUCUUACCUAGACAUUCCAUCCAUUCUCAACCCUUAACUCUCAGUCUCAGUGGACUCUCAGAUACCAUCCCUUCUUACUAUAUCACUAUCUCAGCUCUAUCACCUCUAAAUUCCCCACUCAAUCUUCCAAAAUGACUAAACCUAUCCUCCUCGUCCUCGGCGCCGGCGCCAACAUCGGCGCAGCCCUCUCCGCCAAAUUCAGCGCCGCCGGCUACCGCAUCGCCCUCGCCGCGCGCAGUCUCAGCGACGGCCUGACCUCUGCCGGCCACCUCAACAUCAAAAUCGACCUCGCCGACCCGGCCGCCAUCCCGGCCGCCUUCUCAAAGGUCAAAAAGGAGUUCGGCACUCCCAACAUCGUGAUCUACAACGCCGCGAACACGUCGCCGCCGCCAGAUCCCAAGAACAUGUUCUCGAUCGAGACCGCGACGCUAGAGAAAGACGUGAAGCUCAUGACGAUCAGCGCGUACGCCGCGGCGAGGGAGGCGGUGGCGGGCUUUGAGAGUCUGGGAAAGGAGCAGGGGACGAAGGCGUUUAUUUACACGGGGAAUAUACUCAAUACGUUCAUCAUGUCGACGCCGUACGUGCUUACGCUGGGAGUGGGGAAGGCGGGGGCCGCGUAUUGGGUCGGGGCGGCGAGUGAGUUGUAUAAGGAGAAGGGGUUUAAGUGAGUUUUUUUCCUUCGCUCUGAUUCUGUUGGUUUGAGGCAGGGGGGAUGUUUGCUAAUGAGGGCAGGUUUUACUAUGCAGACGAGCGUAAGCCAGAUGGUGGAUCCAAGGGUGCGGGGAUUGACGGGCCGGCGCAUGCGGAUUUCUACUUCCAGCUCGCGACGGAGGAGGUCAGUGUGCCGUGGGAUGCGACAUUUGUGGCGGGGAAGGGGUAUACGAAAUUUUAGAUUGCUGCGUGGUAGUCGUGGUUUUCUUUCUUCCUUGACUAAUUGAAAAUGUUCUUCUUUUAUGUUCUCCGAUAGUGCUUCAAUAAGCAGACUUCUGCCAUCUAUUGG